CGCGGUCUCCCCCAGCUCCCGCGCGUGUCCGCCUCGCUGCGGCCUCGGCAUGGAUGCGUCAGUGGAUACUUGGAGUUACCUCUACGCUCACCUGAUGUCCUUGUGGCUACACAGGUUUUACAUCUAUUCUUGUGCAGCUUUUGGCAUCAGUAUUUGGAUCUGCAUUCAGUUCUUUGCCAGCAAAAUCAAAAAGCAAGAUGGAAAAGCCAUCAGGAAGCCAGCUUCAUUGGAAGUAACUGACGACGUACUGGUUAAUGGAUACGCAACCCCAAAGGCAAAAGAGAUUUAUGUGGCAGGAGUGAAGAUUUUCUAUGGAUCACAGACUGGCACAGCUAAGGGGUUUGCAGCAGUUCUUGCUGAAGCCAUUAUCGCUCUUACUUUGCCUGCAGAACUUAUUAACAUGGGAGAGUACGAUCCCGAUGACUGCCUGGCUGAGGAGACAAUCAGCAAAAAUGUCUGUGUGUUCCUAGUUGCAACCUACACAGAGGGACAGCCAACUGAGAAUGCAGCCUGGUUCUGCAAGUGGUUAGAAGAGGCUGCAAAUGACUUCAGGUUUGGCAAGACAUAUCUGAAAGGCAUGAGAUAUGCUGUGUUUGGCUUGGGCAAUUCGGUAUAUAUCGACCACUACAAUACGGUUGGAAAAAACAUUGACAAAUGGCUGUGGAUGCUCGGGGCCAAUCGUGUUAUGACACGUGCAGAAGGAGACUGCAAUGUAGCCAAGAGCAAGCAUGGCAGCAUUGAGGCUGACUUUGCUGCCUGGAGGGCCAGGUUCCUCCUUAGGCUCCAGGCCCUUUGCAAAGGGGAGAAGAAGUCCUGUAGUGGAAACUGCAAGAAAGGGAAGUGCAAGUCCAAAGUGAAGCAGAGCAGGGAGGGAUCCGAUCAUGAGCAAAGGGUGUCGGAGCAGGAAAACACUGAGGUGGAAGAGUUAUUUGAAACCACCAGUGAGGAAGAGUCUGGAGCUGAGGAAGAUGGAGAUGUUAACUCUGUCAUUGACGUUGAAGAUCUGGGAAAACUGAUGGGUCACAUGAAGAAAGCCAAGAAAGAACAUGAACUCGACGAAAGAGCUGGCAGGAUGGAUCGAUCUUUCCGGACCAUUGGGAAAAAGGAGGAGAGUGAACAGAGGGAGAUGAUAACGCCAGCUCUGAGAGAUGCACUUACAAAACAAGGCUACAGACUGAUUGGAAGCCAUUCUGGUGUGAAGCUUUGUCGGUGGACAAAGUCGAUGCUCCGAGGCAGAGGAGGCUGCUACAAACAUACUUUUUAUGGCAUUGAGAGUCACCGAUGCAUGGAGGCCACCCCGAGCCUGGCUUGUGCGAACAAAUGCGUAUUUUGCUGGAGGCACCAUACAAAUCCUGUGGGUACAGAAUGGCGAUGGAAAUUGGACCAACCUGAAAGGAUCUUGCAGGAAGCUAUUGAAAACCAUCAGAGCUUGAUCAAGCAAUUCAGAGGAGUGCCAGGUGUAAAAGCAGAUCGCUUUGAAGAAGCAAUGGUAGCAAAGCACUGUGCCCUCUCUCUGGUGGGAGAGCCAAUAAUGUACCCUGAAAUCAACAGAUUUUUAAAAUUGCUGCACGGUCACCGCAUCUCUAGUUUCCUGGUUACGAAUGCACAGUUCCCAGAGGAGAUUAGAAACCUUGAGCCAGUAACACAACUGUAUGUCAGCGUGGAUGCCAGCACCAAAGAUAGCCUGAAGAAAAUCGACCGUCCACUCUUCAAGGAUUUCUGGCAAAGGUUUCUCGACAGUUUAAAGGCCUUGGCUAAAAAGCAACAACGUACGGUGUACAGACUGACGCUGGUCAAAGCUUGGAACGUGGAUGAACUCAAAGCGUAUGCUGAAUUGGUGUCCCUUGGCAAACCAGACUUCAUUGAAGUUAAGGGCGUGACCUACUGUGGAGAAAGUUCAGCCAGCAACUUAACCAUGGCCAACAUCCCCUGGCACGAAGAAGUGGUGCAUUUUGUUCAGGAGUUAGCCGACCUUCUUCCUGACUAUGAAAUUGCGUGCGAGCAUGAGCACUCCAACUGCCUCCUGAUAGCUCACCAAAAGUUCAAGAUCAAUGGGGAAUGGUACACGUGGAUUGAUUACGACCGUUUUCAGGAGCUGGUCCAAAACUAUGAUGAGAGCGGAGGAUCUAAGACUUUCACUGCGGCAGAUUACAUGGCCAGAACUCCGUGCUGGGCGGUUUUUGGCUCCAGAGAAAGGGGCUUCGAUCCUUUGGACACUAGAUAUCAACGGAAGAACAAGAAGGACAUCUCAGGCUGUUGAUGUUGUUCAGAUGGGGUACUGAAAAAAGUUGAUUUUUUCCUUCCAUAGCAUAACAUGGAUACAGAAUAUCUGCACAGAGUGUCCCUAAUGCUUGAUUGUUACAAGGAGACCAGAGACUUUUAUAGCCCCUUUUCCUUCAAUUUCCUCUGACUCCUUGGAUUACAAAUAUUUUAUGCUUUUUUUUGGUUUGUUUUAAUCUAGUCCAAAUGGUCCUGGUAAGCAGUUCACUGGCUUUGGCAGGGUGCCAUGUAAUUCUUGCAUAGACUUUGCAAUUAGAAAGCAACGACUUGUGACCCAUACAGUUUGGCAGUGGCAUUUUUUAUUUUGUUGCUGCACUCUUCACUGAGGAGAGAGCCUGACAUCUGUUUGGUCCUUGUUCCACACCAGUUGCUAUUAAAAAAUAAAGAAGAUUAAUAUGGGUCCCAAUCUAGCAGGAAGUACGGUGUCCACUGAGGUUUCUUCUAGUAGCGCAAGUCUUUCAUACUUAGAUAAGUCUCGUCUAAUGUCAUGAUACUUUUAAUGACUUUUAAAAACUAGUUUUACACCCUGUCCCUCUUGAGUCUCCCAACAAAAUAUGUCAGGUAGCUCUUCUGUACCAAGUCAUGCUUUCCUUAUUUACACAUGGUGUCCAAAUGAUUUCAGUGCCAAUUUGGAAUGAGGUAGGAUCUCAGGACUUGAUCUUCUCAGUCAAUUCGUAAUGGAUUUAAAUUUGAAUCCCUAAUUUAGAUGGAAAACAAAUGCAUCAGGUCUUAACAUCCAAAGCAGCAUUUUCUACAUUUGAGCUGAAACGAUGAAUGAUUGAAAGCAGUCGGAAACUAUGAGGAACAAUGUAUAAAUGUUAAUCUCUCAAACAAGGUCACUGGUUAUAUUUAACUUUUCAUUGAAUAUUUUGCCGCGUCUCUAUUCAAAACCUUUCAGCGGUUUCAUUUUUUGUAAAAAGCUUUGAUGGUGCAAGAGGAAUUGGGGUCUGAUUAUGAGCUUCCUAACACUGGAGGAAAUAAAUGGGAACACGUUGGAAUUAGAUCAAGGUGCAAACCUGUCAGUUGAUGUUAGGUGAGACUGAAUAACGUGUGGAGCUUCUGUCUUGCCACAGAAAUGUAAAACCCCCACAGAAGGUGAAAUUAAUGUGUGUUUACGGAUGCUUGUGU